AUGGCCGCCAGCAGUCUCGCCAGCGAGUCGCCGCAGUUUAUCCCAGGACUGCCUCCCCGACACCUGGGCAAGAUACCGGUCCUGGGACUGGGCACCUGGAAGGCUGCCCCAGGAGAAGUGACAGAGGCGGUGAAAGUGGCAAUCGAUGUGGGAUAUCGGCACUUUGACUGUGCUUACUUCUACCACAAUGAGAAUGAGGUUGGAGCAGGGAUCCAGCAUAAGAUCAAGGAAGGCGUGGUCAAACGAGAGGACUUGUUUAUUGUCAGCAAGCUAUGGUGUACCUUCCACAAAAAGUCCUUGGUGAAAACAGCCUGCCAGAAGAGUCUGAAGUCCUUAAAGCUGGAUUACUUGGACCUGUACCUCAUACACUGGCCCAUGGGUUUCAAGCCUGGGGAAAAAGACUUGCCUUUAGAUCGCAAUGGUAUGGCAAUAGCCAGUGAAACGGACUACCUGCAAACCUGGGAGGCUAUGGAGGACCUGUUGAUUACAGGGCUGGUGAGAUACAUUGGGGUGUCCAAUUUCAACCACGAACAGCUGGACAGACUUUUGAAUAAGCCUAAUUUGAGAGUCAAGCCUAUAACUAACCAGAUUGAAUGCCACCCAUAUCUUACACAGCAGAACCUGAUUCAGUUUUGCAAAUCUAGAGAUGUCUCCGUGAUUGCUUAUCAUCCUCUUGGUGGUUCUUGUGAGGGCGUUGACCUGAUGGAUGAUCCUGUGAUUAAGAUGAUUGCUCAGAAGCACAAUAAGUCUCCAGCUCAGAUUUUGAUCCGAUUUCAGAUCCAGAGGGAUGUGAUAGUGAUUCCCAAAUCUGUCACUCCGAAGCGGAUUCAAGAAAAUACCCAGGAAGGUGUUUGUUUUCUUUUCUUGGGGAGGAUUUAG